CUUUGUCCGUUUAACCCCCUCCGGCCUUUUUUCUCUCCUUUGGCGAAACGGACAUUGCGAAAGGGGUAUUAUCAGACAAAGGAUUGUGGUCUUUGUAUUUCCCAGUCCCGAGUGUCCAUCUCAGCGUGUGAAUUGUACAAGGCGAUAAAGUGGCAACUGUUAAUGUGUUUGCAUCUUUUGCAUCYUUGUCGCGUGCAGUAAAUCGAGACAAUACAUCUUGACAUUGGGAUCAUCACAAACCACGAAAUAAUCCACAGGUUUGGUCAGGUAUACUUGUGUGGUGACACCCAAAAGCGCAAUGCCCUUUUCUUUCUCUCACCCCCGCCGCCCCCGCGCAGCUCUUUUCCGCCCACUGAAUAGACUGUCGCGCACAACCCCAUUAUUACUCCUCUAUCUCCUCGUCCGCCAUACCAGCGCGCAAUACCUCCCUCCUCAAGCAUAUCCCCUCCGGCGUGCUCUUCCUCGUCAUGAGGAUGAGAACUGGCAUGAUGAACGUGAUGGGGACACCUCGCGCUCUCUCUACCUCGUCUCACACACCGAUUUCUGCCUCUUCGGUCCCCCUUCUCCUUUAUCCAACACCUCGACGUCAAUAUCACAAAUAGACAAAGACGUCGUCUCGUGGUGCACGGACGGACGACAUGGGAAUCGAGUGGUACCGGACGGGACGUUGAAUGGGGCGACGUAUGUGAAAGCGAACAGCUGGGUGCAAGUCAGUGGGACGGGAGAUUUUACCAAGAUUAAUAUUCCGGCAGACGACCAAGGUGCGCAAUUCGACAGUGUGGACAAUACGCCGGACGGGGCUGUUUUGUAUACCACGGAUGAUAAUCAAGCUGCUUCCAGCUGGGUCACAAUGAUAUCGUCUACGACGUACUGCCUGCGCGCAUGCUCGGACGCUUCAUACUGCCCUACGUCGUACGACGAGAUGGGGUGUUAUUUCUUCACGUCGAAUGGGAUCGGGUGGGACGGUGUGUACCAGGACUGUGUGGGGGACGACGGGGAUCGCCCGGGGGUGUAUGUGGACGAGGGGCAGACGGUGACGUAUACGCAAGGCGGGGGGGAGGUCCCGACGUUUUCGAUACCGGCUGUGAGUGAGUGUGCAGGCGGGAGUGUGUCGGUGGAGGCGACGGAGGCGGCGGAGACCGCGGUGGAGGCGACCGCAGCGACGGAGACCGCAACGGCGGCGGAGACCGCAACGGCGACGGAGAACACGUGGACAGCGACGUCCUGGCUACCCGUCGAGACAUGCACACCGUGCACGGGCGCUGCGACGGCGGGGACGGAACAGGUGGGUGUCACGCGGGUGGCGGCGAUCGGCGCGAGGGACGGGGCGGCGAGUAGCGGGGAAUGCUGUUUCACUACGUGGACUAGCGCGGUGAGCGGGGGGACUCUGAGCGGGACUUUGGGCGGGACGAGUGGGAUUCUGAGUGCGGGGACAGUGGCGUCGGGGGCGAGCACGGCGGGCACGGCGGGCACAUCCGAUAGCAGCAGCAGCGGGAAGCGCAGCGGGCGUACGGCGCUGGUGGUCGCCCUGGUGGUCGCCGCGCUCGCCGGGUGCUGUAAAUAGCGGCUGAUAGAAGAUGCAUAACAAAGCAGCCGCGUCGGCGUUUCGGUGUUUGCCGCCGUGGCUGUCAGGUUUGCAAGCCCCACCCAAAGCUGUGUUGCUUCCCGC